AUGUCGAAGAAGCUGACUGAUGACACUCUUGAUAUUCGACCAGUGAUCUUUCGACCAUCUUUUCUCUGUACUCCUGAGUUUGAUGAGUGGUGGAAGGAUUAUUAUUCUACCAGAUUUUUUGACGUAACGACUUUCACUACACAUUUAACAAAUGCUUUUGCUUUCGUGCAGGAUCGGACCAAAAAAGCCGUAAAGAUUCCUACCAAGAAAACGUCUAUCGAAGCAUCACCAAGCGCUGCUAAGAAACCUUUGACAAAGAAUGAAGAGGAGAAAGAAGAGGAGAAAGUUCCUAAUGAAGAAUUUGGUGAUGAAUCUCCAGAGCCAAUCCCCCCUCCUCAGAAGAAGAAGAAAAUCAAGAAGGUCUCUUCCCAAAGAUCCAUUGUUAAGUCAUCUCACAAAGAUUCUCCAACUGCCAAACUUCAAUCGAAGGAUACAGAGAGUGGGAAAUCUAGUCUUAAUACUGAGAUUCCUGAGAAACAACUGGCUGUCGAAGGGAGCCCUGAGAAAACUCUGGAAGAGACAGUCCAAGAAGAAGAUGUCCCCAAGAAUGAUCAUGACAAGCAGACUGUAGCAGAAUUCGACGUUCCAAUGAGUGAAGCUUAUGGAGAUGAUUCUCCUCUUCAUCCAGGAUUAAAUGUUUCAAAUAAGGGCGAUGAUACUGACAUGGAAACUGUAGUCGAAGAUGACCAUGAAGAAGAAGCUGCUAAAGAUGAGGAUGACCAGUCGAAACAACCAGAUGCUGGGCAAACUUCAGGACGAAACGCUCAACCCGCUCCCGACCAGACCAAAGGAAGUGCCAUAUCAACUGGUUUGACUGGUUUCUCUCGCAAAGAGCUUGAGAGUCUCAAGGUGCAGAAACCUUUAGAAUAUCUGAAGGCCAUGCUUAGUGCUCGUUUUAAUUUUCAAGAUUCUUCGCAAAGCAGUUCGACUACCUCUGGGACCAAUUCUGAAGCGCAAUCUCUUGACAACCUCUUGACCAAGAUUAAGACGAAAAUCCUUGAUGUUGAUUUGUUCAAAGUUUUAGAAGAAAACGCCAUUGCUCACAUUGAACUCAAGAAGAUUUUGAAACAAAUAAACGUCUUGGAAACUUCUGCUGAGGUCAGCAAUUUUGUGAUGGAACUGAUGACCCUUAUUGACUUGGCGACCGCAGACCUUCAUCGUCGAAUAGAUCUCUCCCAGCAAAUCUCCAUAAAAUCUGAGACUCAAGUUGCUGAAUGGGAUGUUGUUGCAACUUCGACUGACAAAGUUUCAAAGCUGCAGCAGCUUUCUGAAACUUAUAUCAAAGAAGUUGCUGCUUGUGAUGAUAAUAUCCAGAAAUGGGAAAAACAAAUAGCAGCUCUUCAAGAAAAAAUCUCCCAAGAGAAAAAGCGAAGAGCAUCCAUACAGCAACCUAAGCAAAAUGAGAUUGACGACAAACUUAAGGUGGGUAUUCGACUUGCAGAAAGGGCUCAGCAACUUAGUCAAGAGAUUGAGACUCUCUCUACCCACAGAAAUCUUUGUGAUCAUCGACCAGUUUCAGAAAAAGAAAUUUGCCACGUUGAAGGAAACUUUUGCUAG